AUGUCUUCAGCUCUGUUCCCACUUAAAAAAAAACCUUCAAAAACUUCAAAAUUCUCCCCGUUUUUGGCGUUCGGUGCCGGUGGCCUGCCCCUGGUCCCAGGGGUGGGAUCCCGGCCGCUGCUGCCCCGCGGGGCCGCCCCGGGCCGGGACCUCCUCCCGCUGCUCCUCGGCCGCGGGGCCGCCCCGGCUGUCGCCGUCGGGGCGCGACGGGACUAUGCCGCCCAGGCAGCCCCUGCCGCCAAGGCCGGCUCCUCCACCGGCCGCAUCGUGGCCGUCAUCGGGGCCGUGGUGGAUGUGCAGUUCGACGAGGGGCUGCCCCCCAUCCUGAACGCCCUCGAGGUGCAGGGCAGGGAGACGCGGCUGGUGUUGGAGGUGGCUCAGCACCUGGGGGAGAACACCGUGCGCACCAUCGCCAUGGACGGCACGGAAGGGCUGGUGAGGGGACAGAAGGUGCUGGACUCUGGUGCUCCCAUCCGCAUCCCCGUGGGCCCCGAGACCCUGGGCAGGAUCAUGAAUGUCAUUGGGGAACCCAUCGACGAGAGGGGUCCCAUCACGACCAAACAGUUUGCUGCUAUCCACGCCGAGGCCCCUGAGUUCGUGGAGAUGAGUGUGGAGCAGGAGAUCCUGGUGACAGGGAUCAAGGUCGUGGAUCUGCUGGCUCCCUACGCCAAGGGUGGCAAGAUCGGUUUGUUUGGAGGUGCUGGUGUGGGCAAGACUGUGCUGAUCAUGGAGCUGAUCAACAACGUGGCCAAGGCCCACGGUGGUUACUCUGUGUUCGCCGGCGUGGGCGAGAGGACCCGCGAGGGCAACGACUUGUACCACGAGAUGAUCGAGUCUGGGGUCAUCAACCUCAAAGAUGCCACUUCCAAGGUCGCCCUGGUCUACGGGCAGAUGAACGAGCCCCCGGGCGCCCGUGCCAGGGUGGCCCUGACGGGGCUGACGGUGGCCGAGUACUUCAGGGACCAGGAGGGUCAGGACGUGCUGCUCUUCAUCGACAACAUCUUCCGCUUCACCCAGGCUGGCUCCGAGGUGUCAGCCCUGCUGGGCAGAAUCCCCUCUGCUGUGGGCUACCAGCCCACGCUGGCCACUGACAUGGGCACCAUGCAGGAGCGUAUCACCACCACACGCAAGGGCUCCAUCACCUCCGUGCAGGCUAUUUAUGUGCCAGCUGACGACUUGACUGACCCUGCACCUGCCACCACCUUUGCCCACUUGGACGCCACCACGGUGUUGUCCCGUGCCAUCGCCGAGCUGGGCAUCUACCCAGCCGUGGACCCCCUGGACUCCACGUCCCGCAUCAUGGACCCCAACAUCGUGGGGCCCGAGCACUACGACGUGGCUCGGGGUGUGCAGAAGAUCCUUCAGGACUACAAGUCACUGCAGGACAUCAUCGCCAUCCUGGGCAUGGAUGAGUUGUCCGAGGAGGACAAACUGACCGUGGCCCGCGCCCGCAAGAUCCAGCGCUUCCUGUCCCAGCCCUUCCAGGUGGCCGAGGUCUUCACCGGCCACAUGGGCAAGUUGGUGCCACUCAAAGAGACCAUCAAGGGCUUCAAGCAGAUCCUGGCAGGUGAAUAUGACCACCUGCCUGAGCAGGCUUUCUACAUGGUGGGGCCCAUCGAGGAGGCGGUGGCCAAGGCAGAGAAGCUGGCAGAGGAACACGCCUGAGCCCCCCCGGAGCCCCCCUGAGCACCCCCGGCUCCGCUGGGGCCGGACCCCCAGUAUUUAACAUUUCCAAUAAAACAUCGGUGAAAACGUC